AUGGACGCGGUAAACUUGCGCCGCAAAGAUACGACCAAGGGUCCUCCGUUGAGGAUCCUGUCGCUAGAUGGCGGCGGAGUCCGAGGCUACUCCAUGCUCAUCAUCCUGCAGGAGUUGAUGUAUCGGAUCUACGUCGAAUGCGAAGGCAAGGCUCCGCGGCGCGAUCAGAUCCCCAAACCCUGCGACCAUUUCGACCUCAUCGCUGGCACCGGCACCGGCGGAUUAAUUGCCCUGAUGCUGGGGCGUCUUCGCCUCGACCUCGAAACCUGCAAGGAAGUCUACGUGCGCAUGACCCGUCGAGUCUUCGAGACCGAUAAGACCAUCGCCGGGAUUCCGUAUCGGUCGACGCUAUUCAAGGCAUCCAAGUUGGAAGAGGCCAUCCGCGAGUGCGUCCGAGAACACACCGUCUACGAAGCCGAGGGCAACGACGCAUCUCCCGGCGGUGCUCGCAACUCCAUGGCGAGUGCGCCGUUCAGUCCGAACUCCCUUCCGCAGCGCUCCGGCAGUCGCGCUAGCUUCAGCACCAGCACGUCACAUUCCUCGAACCCGACGAGUCAGCGAGGCUCCGCAUACAUCAACGGUCUCCGAUGGGGAAAUCCUGACGCGCUUCUAUACGACAAUCGGGAAUAUCGGACCAAGACCGCCGUCACCGCAUUGUAUAAAGGUACCACCCGUCACGGGUCUGCCGUCCUCCUUCGAUCCUACGACUCCCGCAAGGAACCUCCGCCCGAGUUCAACUGCACGGUAUGGCAAGCCGGCCGAGCGACUUCGGCGACCGGCCUCGCCUUCAAACCCAUUCAGAUCGGCCAACAUGUGUUUAUCGACGAAGGGGCCGGCACAUAUAAUCCGGCGCCCCAUAUUCUCGACGAGGCGGCCGUCAACGAGUGGCCCGGCCGGGAGGUGGGUGCCUUUAUCAGCAUCGGCACGGGUCGACGCCCGCCCGGCACCAACAACCGACAACACGAGUGGUGGGAAGAUUUCUUCGGCGAUGCGCUGGGCACGUUCGCUGAAGCGCGACGACGCCUGAUCGCCAAGAUCGAAGGCUGCGAGGAUAUCCACAAGGACAUGCUGCGCGAUCAUCUGGCCAAACGCAACGUGAGCAAAGACAACUACUACCGGCUGAACGUGGAAGUCGGCGUGGGUGAAUUCGGCAUGAACGAAUGGAACCGGCUGGUCGACAUCAGCACCAACACCCGUCGCUACCUGACCCGCCCGGAGGUCAAGAAGCAGAUUCUGGAUGCCGGGGUGAAGUUCGCCAAGAUCGAGCGCAUGAACCAGCGGCUGGCGGCCCACCAGGCGGCCGGAAACGCGGACAUGCCCAACUUCCAGGAUGACGGCUCCAUGUACAUCCAGAGCCCCCGACUGUCGGUGCCGCCGCCGCACCAUUUCGCGGUGGAGUUGCCCGCCGAACUCCCGGGCGACUUCGUCCUGCACCCGCCUUCCAAUCCGCCGCCCAACGACGACCGACUCCCCGUGCACCCCACACCUCAAGACACGGUCAUGCCAUCGCCGGCACGAGGGUCGGGCAGUGAUAUCGGCAGCUUCUGUCCCAGCGACGUCAGCCGACCGGCGUCGCAGCAGCACGGGUCCCCGCGACGAAGUAUGGACCAAGUGUUCGAGUAUGGCGCACCGCCCGUGCCUCCCAAGACCCCAAUCCCCUAUCCGCCAGACCACCCGAGCGAGCUGGGCGAGGUUCCGAUGCCGAUGCCGCUGUCGGUCGCCAGUCCCGGGCGGAAUGGCAAAGUGCGGCCGCCAUAUCCGGUGGACGAAGCGCCCCCAGUGGUGAACAAGCAUCGAAAACCCAGCUAUCACGUGCGCUGA